AUGGGCACAUACACACACCUUAAGACCGACAAAGACCAAAAGGCUCUUCUGAUUGCCAGCGUACACCAGCAGAUGGCCAGCAGCAAGGACAGCCCAAUUGAGGCCAUCAAGGAAGCCAUCAUGUACCAAGAGAACGUAGACAGCAUCUACCACGAAAUGCGACAGCUGGGCUGGUCCGGGGUUGGUGCGUACUUUGGAAUGCUCAUCUGGCUCUACCGAAUUGUCGGAGAGGUCUUCAGCCUGAUCGGUCUGCUCAACCAGCAAGAGUUUGUCUCGGCACUGCAGAAAGAGUAUGUAAUCCGAGACUUUCUGCCCCUCUUUGUUCUGGCCGUUGCUGCCAUUCAUCUGGGCGUUAUCUAUCUCUAUUUAGAGCUAUCAACUCUGGCGCACAAGAGAAGGCACUCGGCACGGUACCACUUCAAAAAGUUACUAGCCAUUGUUCUGAUCACAUUGCUAGCAGGCAGCGCGGUCUUCUACUUUGGCCACAAGCUGGUUGCCGGCGCCUCGGGAUGGCUCGUAGCAGACUCCAACAGUGCUGUCGCCCAAAACAUAUCACAGAUCGUGCUGCUAGGGGUCUCUACGCUUCUUAUGCUCUUCAGCCAGAUCCGGGACAGUAUUAACAAAGGCUUCGUUGGAAGCAAGGCCAAGGGCGCAAUUCUUGUUUUCUUUAUUGCACUGCUCGUGUUUGCCGUGUGGGUCUUCUGUUCCCACCCCCAUCAGAGCAUUUACAAUGUUCUUCAGAAGAUGGUCCAACAGAGUGUGCAGCAAACCCAGGUCGGACUUCCAUCGGCCUAA